AUGAUCGCUGCCACCGGCAAUGGUAAGGAAUAUCAACCCUCAACCUCCUCCUCCGUACAACUCACUCAAGCAUGCCUCCACUUCCAGAAGCGUGCUGUGGAUAAAAGUAUUGAAGAGGGAUUGGCAACAUGGGCUCAAGAUUCUAUCAAAGCGGGGAAGUUAAAGGAUAUAGUUGAUUCAGAUAUAAGAGGUCAAAUAUCUACAAAGUGUUUGAAGGGGUUUGUUCAAAUUGCAGGGAGAUGUUUGCUUAGCCAUCCAAAGCAACGCCCUACCAUGGCUGAGGUUGUUUUCAGUCUUGAAUCUGCAUUGACUUUACAAGAAAAAAUCAAUAGUUCCUUGCAGGCUGGUGGCAGAACAAUAUUUGGAAAAAUGCUUGACAUCUUUCUAUUCGCCUCCAAUGGAGAGAACUCUGCCCAUGAUGAUUCAAAGCUAUCAAGUGAUGUGAAAGACAAUGUUACAGGAAACUUAUAUCCAAGGGGUGCCCUGGGUGAGGGAGGUUCUGGAAAGGUGUCUUUAGGUCUGGUUGAUAAUAAUACUUUAAUCACUUCAAAUUCUGAUGUUGGUAUUAAGAAGUACAAAGAAGAAGGAUUUCAACGACAUGCUGCAAAUCUGACCAGUUUGAGAGAAAAUUUAUAUCCAAGCAGGCCUCGACCUCUACCGGUUGUAUUACCAGCAGCAACCGGUCAAGGUCUGGAAAUAAGCGGUCAACUUGUACGAAAAGACGGUCAAAUAUUCUACAGUUUAAUAUUUGAAAACAACACAAACAUCCCACUCGAUGGAUUCAAGAUUCAAUUCCACAAAAACACAUUUGGUCUCGCAGCAGGUGUACCCCUCCAGGUCCCACAAGUUCAACCAGGAACAUCGGCUAGAACCCUUCUUCCUAUGGUUCUAUUCCAGAACAUAGCACUGGGCCCACCAAAAUCAAUUUUGCAUGUCGCGGUGAAGAACAAUCAACAGCCUGUGUGGUAUUUUAGUGAUCGGUUAUCGUUAUUUGUGUUGUUUAUGGAAGAUGGAAGAAUGGAACGAUCUACUUUCCUUGAGACAUGGAAGUCGUUGCCUGAUUCCAAUGAGGUCUCAAAGGAGAUUCCUGGAAUUACAAUAAACAAUGUAGACGCGACAAUUGAGCAGUUAGCUUCUUCCAACAUGUUCUUCAUUGCAAAACAUAAGAACCGGAAUCAAGAGUUGUUGUAUCUGUCAGCUAAAAUGACAAAAGGAAUCCCGUUCUUGAUCGAACUUACAGUGGUUAUCGGUGUUCAGGGACUCAAGUGUGCCAUUAAAUCUCCUACCCCUGAAAUAGGACCCUUAUUCUCUGAAGCCCUUGAGACUCUCCUCAGCUGCAUGGGUUGAUUCGUAAUUUCCUGAUUUUGGUCAUUCUUAUGUUGCCCCUCCCCCUUUGUUUUGCAUUUUGAUAUAGAAUAAAUAUAGGAAUUCAUUGUACUUUGAGAAUGGUUUGUUUUUGUAGGUUAUCCUAUUUAUUUGUUUGUGUGUUUGUAAGAAUGAUUUCCUUGAUUAUGAUG